GACUCUAGCUGGGAAACAUGGAAGUUGUGGUAUUAGAGAUUGAAGAUCCAAGUUGCUUUUGGGUUAUUAUGAAAGGAUGUGGGCCUUACAUUGUUGACGAAAUAGAUUAUAAAAACCUGAAUGCUGAAAUGAAUCAGUUCUAUGACAAACUUUAUAAAGAUGUGGAUGAAGUAAAGUCACUAAUGGUAGAAGAAGGCCAGAUUUGUGUGGUUUUCAGCGAGGAACUCAAAUGCUGGUGUAGAGCAGUUAUUAAGUCAGUGAUGCAAUGUACAGAUCAUUAUCAAAUAGAAUGUUUUCUUGUGGAUUAUGCCAAAUACGUUUUUGUUAAAUCAAAGGACAUUCGAGUUGCACCAGAAGCAUUUAUGCAGAUCCCAUACAGAGCGAAGAAGUGUAGGCUGUAUCGCACAAAGCCGCUGACGUUGCAUAUCAACUUUUUUGAAAAUUCUGCAAAAAUGGUACCAGCCAAAAGAUGGGACAGUGCUGCUACUCAAUAUUUUCAAAACCUUCUCAAAGCAAGUACGGAAAUGAAAGCCAAGUUAUGUGCUGUAGAAGGUAACACAUUUGACAUUUGGCUUUAUGUCUCAAUACAAGAUGAAAAGGUGUGUGUUAAUGACGAUCUUGUCUCAAAGAACUUUGCUCAUUUUGAAGAAACUAAAGAAAAUACAGGGAGUUCUGAAGAUUAUCAGGAGAACCAAACAUCAUUAAAUCUUGAGUCUCUUCCAGUGAAAAUUGGAGAUCCUGCACUUGCUUUUAGGCCAGUGCUGUUUCAGGAGAAGAUGCCACCAAAUCUUGAAACAGGUCUUGCUGUUUCCAGCUCCUUGCUCGAAGAGACAUGCCAAAGGUCAAGCACAGAUUUAAAUGAAAAUACUGUAUCUAUCAUCAAAGCAGUUCCAGAUUUGCCUGUCAAGGAAAAUGUAGCAGGUCACACAGACAGGCUUCAGCAGUUCUUAAAAUCUGAUCCUGUGAAGACACCUACAAGUGAAGAUGACCAACAGAGUUUUCAAGAUGUUAGUGAAGAAAGAAAGUUCAUCCUUCUAAGCAAUAAAAUUGAGCCAUGGUCCGUUCUGGAAACAGCACCACUUCUUGAUGAUCUGAAAAAGGAACUUACUCGGAAAAAAUUUUUGGGCCCUAACUUCACAGAAUCUUACUGUUGGCCACCAGUAGCUCGAGGAUGUGAUCUAGUUGCCAUCUCAUAUCAAGGAGAUGAUCCUUUUUUAUAUAUUCCACCAAUUAUUACAAUUUUGCAGUUAGAAAGCUGCUACACAGCCUUGCCAAGGAGAAAUGGACCACUAGCACUUAUUUUAUGUCCUGGGUGGAAAAAGGCACAACUUGUUUUUGACCUACUGAAAACAUAUGAGAGGUGCUCCAGAUGGCUUCAUCCAAUGUUGAUAAUACUUGGGCAGAACAAAGAAGAAGCUAGAAGUGUGAAUAUCCAAGGAUGUGAAGUAAUUGUGACUACACCAUAUAGCCUCCUGAGACUGUUUGAACGUCACAGUUCAUUGUUUUGUAGACUUUGCCAUCUUGUUCUUGAUGAGACUGAAGUACUGUUCUCUGAUGCUAAAGAGCAGGUUUUUACUAUAUUACAUUGUUACAAAAAACGUGUUAAUAUUGAAGAGCGGGAAUAUUCACCACAACACAUUGUUGCUGUUGGAACUCACUGGAAUAAGCAUUUAGCACACUUGAUAAAGGAGUUCAUGAAUGAUCCUUAUAUUGUGAUAACAGCUACGGAAGAAGCUUCCAUCUAUGGAAAUGUGCAACAGGUUGUGCAGCCUUGUACAAACAGUGAGAGAACUGCUGUGUUACUCAAAAUACUGGAUUUUACCCACAGUCAUCUUCAGAAGGUGCUGAUAUUCACUAACUCAGUGUAUGAAGCAGAGAUGGUCCAUAAGGUACUGAAGAGCAGUUCAAUAUCUUCCUUGAAAAUACAUACAGAAAGCAAAUUUAACUUGAAGUAUGUCUUAGAACAGUGGACAAAAAAGUAUCGACCUGGCACUCAUGUUGUGUUAGUUUUAACAGAUGACUGUGUGCAGUCUUUGGGAAUCACUGAUGCAACUUGUGUGAUACAUUUCAGUCUGCCUUCUCCAGGAGCCUUUGGUCAGCGUCUGCUCUGCAUGUCUGACAACUUCUGUGAUGUGAUAAAGGAUUCUUCUGUAGAUCAGGAACGUGCCAAGUCAGUUGUUCUGCUACCGGAAGACAAUGCAUGUCAUGCACUGGGAAUCCUGCGCUAUUUGCAGCACACAGAAGCUGAAAUGCCACCAGGGCUGCAUGAUUUUAUUGCCAAGAUGCUAGAAGCUGAAGAAGAAAAGAAGUUUUUAAGGCCACUGUGUACCUAUCUUAAAACAUUUGGGAUUUGCAAGAAUAGAACAGUGUGUCCCGAUCGUCAUAAAAUCAAUUUACAAAUAGAUGUGCCCCAGAGUAUACCAGAUAAAAUGAUACAAGUGCCUCAAUAUGUGACAAUACUGCCUCUCCACAUUGUAAAUGCAACAAACUACUUUGGUCGAAUAGUAGGUGGACAAAAAGACCAGUAUGCAAUUCUUGCUGAAGAAAUGAAUGAGUAUUUUAAGCAACCUAAUAAUAAAAUUUCUGUUAAAAAAGUGGAGAAGCUGGCAUUUUAUGGACUAUGUGAGAAAACAUUUUUUCACAGGGUUCAGGUGGUAGAGAUUUCUCAGAAAGAGGAGGAAAAUUUGUUCUUUAACGUCAAAAUUAAAUAUAUAGAUGAAGGCAGAACAAGUCAAGUUCAGAGCUAUCACCUGCUUCACUUACCUGCAAGGUUUCAGUGUCUGCCACCUCAGGCUGUGGAAUUCAUAGUCUGUAGAGUGAAACCCAUUGAUAAUGAAAUUGAAUGGAACCCAAAGGUAACCUCUUAUAUUAAUAAAAAAAUUAAAGGAAAACUACAUGAAGCAAAAAUAAUACAGACCUUGGGAAAUACAGCUUGGGUUGACCCAAUGGUCCGGGUUACCAGGCUUCCGGAUUUGAAGAUUUCUGUCAAUGAAUAUGAUGUUCGAUCUGAGAUUUUGUCUACGAGUCUGGGAAUUGACAAUCCAGAACAUAAAACACAACUUCACAAGUUGUGCAGGAACAUGGAGGUAUCAGAUUAUGCACAGAAGACGGAGUCUUUAAGUAUAAAGGAAGAUACAGCUGGUCCAGAGAGUGCAUCCAAACCACAGAAUAUGUCUGUACCACAAAAUCCUACCGAAAACUGCAAUUCUUCUGAAAUUACUUCUGGAAAUAAUCCAUCUGAGGGCGUAGCUCAAGCUAAGAAAGCAGAAGACUCUACGCUGCGUCAGCAUAAAUGCUUUUAUCCAGAAAUAAAAUGGUUUCAAAAUGAAGAGACUGUUACGGUGAAGGUAGGAAUAGCAAAUACAACUGACUGCAAAUACGAGUUCUCUAAACAGAAAGUGGUUUUCAGUGCUUGUUCAGGAGACAAACUUUAUUUGGCUGACAUGGAGCUGUAUCAAGAUAUACUUACAGAAAAGUCUACAUGUGUCAUUAAGGAUAAAGAGGCUGUUCUUGUUCUUGCGAAAGAGGAAAAAGGAGCAUGGUGCAAAUUACUGAAGAGCAAGAAUCCUCACGUGUCUUUUGAUUUUGAACACUGGGAAGAUUUUGAAAAGAAAAGCCCAUUUCCACUUGGCACUAAAAAAGUGGAUUACAAUACUGCAGUAACCCCAGAAUUUGAUGACUCAGAAGACAGUGAAACAGAAAGUGAUGAGUAAUUUGGAGACACAUUUUCCACUGAGAACUGCUUCAAAAUAGU